AUGUCACAGGGUACAAAUAUCGAGCCAUUAGUCGACGCUGCGCAAAUAACACUACCUUCACAAGAUAAAGAGAUUGAAAUGCAAACGAUUGGAAAUCCCGAGAACAUUUCAAGUAAAGAGAACGUCAUAGAUUUCGAUGAAAACGAAGAGGAACCCAAAAUAGAUUCUAUUGAAUGGGUUCUCUUUGCUAUUCGCGAACAAGUUCAAAAAGCCAAAGUAGUUUUUUCGUAUUCACUGAACACUGAAAAGUUCAGCAGAGUCUCUUUGGUAGUCAUUUCGGUGUUAUUUAUUGUGUUUGCUAUUACAUACUCAUCAACAUCGACUUCAAUAGGGAUAUUGGAUUGUCCACAUAUCUUCCAACACAUCUUUUUCUUAAAACUGACACAUGUCAUCAUAGCUGCGCCUAACAUCCGUUCUGCGCCAACGAUGAAUUCGAUGAAAUUGUAUGUGAUGAUGGGAGUGUUUACUGUUGUGAGUUUAAUAGCGUUUUACUUGUACCAAGGUCUUCUUUCAUUUCCAAUGCAGAACUUGGGCCAGUCGAUGAAACUUGGUCAUGGGGACCAUCACCUUAUCUUCAAUUUUUGUGUAUGUCAUCGUCAGUAA